AUGAGGCUCGGUUGGGAGCAAUGGCAUGGUGGCAGCAUAGCGAGAAGAUCAUCCAGGAGGGGUAGCUGGCAGUACGACUGCGUGAAGUACAGCGUCCAAGGCGCUAUUGCUGAGGUGAAGCUGGAUGAUCUCAACACAUACAAUGCUUUGACCCGAAAGACAGUUGCUGCGCUCCUGGACAUUUGCGCGGAGCUUCAUGGACGGCCCGACGUGGCGGCGGUGGUGUUCACCGCAGCGGGGCCCCACUUCUGCUCCGGGGGAGCCUUCGGAGGGAAUGUACCGCAAGAUGAUGAAGAGUAUGCGCCAAAGUUAGAGCCAGGAGCCAGCGCGUUUGAGGUGGGAGUGGCAGAAAACCUGCCGAUCGCCCGCCUUCUUUAUUUGCUCAGCACGCUGCCGCAAUACAAGGUGGCGGCGCUGAGGGGCAAAAGUUUGGGCGCCGGCAUCAGCCUCGCGGCGGCCAUGGACUUUGUGGUGGCCCCCGAGAGGACAGCGCUGCUCUUCUUGGAGGCCUCUCGGGGCCUAGCGGCCUGCUGCUCGUGGCAGAGCACCAUCUGCAAGCUGGGGCCGAUGAGGAUGCGGCGCCUGUGCCUUCUGGGUGCGGAGUUGGAGGUGCGCCAGGCAAAGCACCUGGGGCUGGUAGAUGAGAUCGUCGGGACCUACACAGAGGCUGAUGCCCGUGCUUUGGCCCAGGCACAGGCAGUGGCGAAGCAGAGCCUGGAAGAGCGCUGCCGGCUGAAGACCACAGGUCCGGGGCAUGGCCAACUCUUCCCGGCGCCUGGAGGUGGAGACUGGGAAGAGCUCGUGAAGCAGGCCCUGGCCAGCUGCCCGGCGCGGCCGGCGCCGGCGCGGUUCAGCGCGGAGAUGUGGCCCCACAAGGACAUCGAUCUGUGCAUGGAUGGGCAGAACACUGCUGUGCUGCGGCUCCGCUCCGCGAGCGCGGAGGGGCUGUUGCAGGCGCUGGCGGAGGUGCAUCGAAGCCCCCAGGUGCGCUUGCUGCAGGUGGUAUGUGAUGGUCCCUCCAUUGGAGGAUGCUCCAAAACGCUGCGAAGGGCCUUGGCUUUGCUGCACUUCUGCCCCGCCUUCACGCUGGCGCUGGUCUCUGGGACCUCCGCGCUGCCCAUGCUCUGCGACGCCGCGCUGUGCACGCCGGAGGCCAGUUUCGACUUCUCAGCCGAAUACAUGGAGUACCUGCCUGCCGAGCUUCAGGCUGGGAGGCUCAAUGCGAAGGAAGCUGAGGAGCUGGGCCUCGUUGAAAUCGCAGAACACCAUCAAUUCCUCACGGACAUUUGCCGGAAGCUGUCUGAAUGCGCACCCAACGCCGUUGCGCAAUCUAAGGCUUUCAUCCACAAGAUCUGCAGCAAGCCCAUGGAGCCGCGGAUUCUGGAAGAGCUAGCGGGGCAUAUUGCCAGAAGAAUGGAAGAUCCUGAGUUCCAGGACUCGCUCAGAGCUGUGGUGGACGAGGCUGCGGAUACGGCAUGCCACUUUGGUGGGUUCACCGUAGAAGACGAUGCCGAAUCGGCCACUUUCACUUCGGCGAAUCUAGGGCUGGCCCCGCAGCAAACGCCUUACCUGGGGCUCCCAGCUUGCGACAGGCCGUCCUCCAACACCAUGCGUCGGCUGCUGGCGAUCCUGCCGCUAUGCUCUGCGCUGGAGGUGGAGGUCACCGUGGAGGCGGCGUGGCCGCGGGCCGCCCUCGGGGCGGAGCUCCUGGAGGGCCUGGCGCAGCUGGACCGAGGCGCGGACUUCCUCUCAGAGUUGGCGUCCUUCGAGGCGCCGGACGCCGAGUGGCGGAGCUGGGCCGCACGCAGCGCCGCGAAGAUGACCUGCUGCCAGGGCGGGUCCCUUUACGCCAGGCUACUGUCGCUGCGGGCCCGGCAUGCCUACGCAUCUGCAGUGGUAGAAGCGGCCCGAGGAAUGGACCGGGCUGAUCGAGCCGCCCUGGCAGAGCAAGGGUUGCAGAGUUGUGCUGCCGGAGAUCCCUGGGCGCUGCUGCAGGCGUCCGGGACCUUGGAGGUGCUAUGUGGCGACCAGCUCUCAAAGCUCUCAGAGCACCUCGCGCCAACGCCCAGCGCGGGGUCGUCUUCGCAGCGGGGGUCGCCGCGGCAGAGUGAACUGGAUCAUGUCCUGUUUCGCGCUGCGUCUGAUGAAGAUUCGUUGGAGAUCACCGGCUACGCAGAUCUCGGCGAUGCACGUGCGGCGACAUUGCUCUUGCGAGCGCUGUUCGCAGCCGCGGACGCGCUGUCCGCAAGUGGAAGAUCUGGCAGAGUGGUUUUCAGACAUGGCACACCAGGAGCCAACGCUCCACGCGCAGUGCUGGGUGGUUACAGCCUUGAACUGAUGACGCGAACUGCCGACGAGGUGGCCAAAGCCAGCGACGGCCCUGCGCGGGAGGAAGCAGCGACUUCCAGCUGCCUGCAAGAGGUUUCGGAUCCGGCGGAGAGCUUCCACGGUGUUGACAUCGCUGUGAUCGCCCAGCAAUUCCCCAGCAGCGCUUCCGCCUUGUGCCAGCUGCGGGAUGACUUGGUGCUGGAGGCGGAGCGGCCGCUGGCGCCCUGGGAGCUCACGAGGCUGGGGGCGCGCGCCGCCAUGCGCGCGGUGCUGGCGGGCAACGCGUCGGCCCUCAAAGGCUUGCAGGCCCUGGGUGAAGUGGCACAGGACUAUCCCUCCGGCUGGGGCCGCGCCCUGUCUGCCGGCACAGCGGAGGAUGCCCAACGAGCCCGUGAGCUGAUGGAGGAGGCGCAGGCCAUCAAGACCGAGGACUCGCUGGAGGUGAACGGCUGGCAAGUGCCGCUGAAGCAGCGAGGAGUGCUGUCGCUGCUGCGGUCCCAGCAGCCGCUGUUUCGGGCCGCGGAGCUGCUGAGCCGCGAGGGCGUGCCCCAGGCUGUGGCCUUUGAGCUGCUCAGGGAGGCGCAGAGCGGCCAGGUGCCGACGAAGGUGGACACCGGGGACCCGCGGCUCAGCGCGCUGAACGCCGAGGCGAGCCCAGCCUUCGACCUCAGUGGCCGGCGACAAGAGAUGGUUGGAGUUGGCCUGGUGGUGGAUGUGUGCGAUCGCAAGCAGAUGCAAUGGGUCAACAAGGUGCUUUCGCAGAAGCACAACGCCCUGGUGUGGGUGCGCUUCCAGAGCAGCGCGGCGUUGGCAUCUUUGCUUCAGUCGGCUUUGAGUUUGCUGGUCAAAGGCAAGCCAGGGCCAGAUGUUGCCAAGAAGUACCUCGCCAAGCUGGUGAAACAACAUCCAGAGGAGAAUCUGUGCGACGCAGAGGGCGAAAAGCUUGCCCGGACUCUCUUCCAGAAAGCCUGGCAGAAGCACAGCCAGGGGGUGCCGGAGCUGCUGGGAGGGGCGGUGCCAUGGCUCUUCCCAGCGCCCAGCGCCUCCCUGAACGGCCGCAUGCUGGCGGAUCCGGAGAGGACACUGGAGCAGGACAUUCAUCAGGAGUUCGAGAGCUUGUCGAUGACCUUUCAGAUGUUGUCCAUGCGCAUGGGGAGGGUGGGCCAAAGGGAGAUCACCAACUUCGCCUACAGCGCCCGGUUCCACCCGAUGUCCUUCCGCAUGGAGCCGCAGGUGCUGAGCGCCUGGCACGAGGGCAUCUCCAACGCGCCGGCGCGGCACCUGCCGCUGCGCCCGGCACUGCUGCUGCCGCUGCCCGGGGCGUCCUCCGGCGCGAGCGCCGCGGGCGCGGGCUCCACGGAGUCGACGCCGGCGGUGCACCUGGUGGUGCUGGGGUCCAGGCAGAAGCUGAUUCAGGAUGCUGCUGCACUGCUAGAAGCCUACAGCCAGCUCUUCUCUUCUGCCAAUCGCCGAUAUUUGCACGUGGCGGUGAGCGCCAACUGCAGCGCGCCCUUCAGCGCCGCGGCAGCUCUGCGCCGGUGCCUGCGGCGAAAGCCGCUGCUGGAGUUGCCCAAGGCUCUGCAGUCCUUGGGCGACGCCACAGCGUCAGAGAUCCUGGCAGCAUGCGGCGCCGAGGUGGACCUGAGCUUCACGGCGGAGGAUGCUGCACACUGUGAAAAGCAGAAGCCACUGCACGACUUAGGAAUGGCCGGGGCCACAGUUCUCUGGGUGAACGGCCGCCUCUUCCAGCCCGCGCUGCCGCUGAGCGCGGGGAUUUUGGAGCACGCGGAGCGCCUAGAGGUGGAGUACACCAAGGGCUCACCGCCAGAAAGCCUGAUGGCCAAGCUGAACCCCUCCACGAACCGCGACUACCUGGUCGCUUACGCGCUGGCGGUGCGCGCCCGCGCCUCGGUGGAGGCGGUGCAGGCGCGGUCCGGCAAUGGCGCCGGGGAGGAGGCGGAGCAGACCCAGGAGGACCCGCGGGGCAUGGCGGAAGCCGCCUACAACUCGGUGCCAGAAGACCUGCGCCUGCACAUCCCACCGAAGGGUGAAGUGGCGCCGAUCCGGAUCUUCGCACUGCUGGAUCCCCUGGGCAAGUCGGCACAGCGCCUGCCACCGCUGUUGCAGCUCCUGCAUGAGGAGUUGGACGCGGAGGUCUUCUUGGCGAUGCGGCCCCAGCGCUUGGCGGAGACCCCGUUGAAGGCGUACCUCCGCGCGGCGCCGGCACCCAAGGCGCCGCCAGGUGGCCUGCAGGCCUUGGGCGAGUGGGACGGCCGCAUGAGCGGCGCGCGCAUUGAGCUGCCGCCGCGACGGGGACAGCUGUUGCAUCUUCAGCUCCUCUCGCCGGAGGAUUGGCUCUGCUCGGCGGUGGACUCUAAGGAGGCGGAUCUAGACAACAUCCCCGCGGACGCCCCGCGGAACUCUCCAGGCGCCCAGGUACAUGUCCGUUACGUGGUCGAAGCACUGUUCCUGGAAGGUUUUGCCGAGGACGGGCUGGGGCGGCCGGCCACCGGCCGGCAGCUGGCCCUGACGCCGCUCCGGGGCACAGAGCUCAUGGCGGGGGACGAGAGCAUGGUCGUGAAGAGUGGGUACUUCCAGCUGCGGCAACGUCCUGGGGUGUACAAGCUGGCGCUGUCCCAGAAGUCCGAGCAGCUGCUUCGCCCCAAGGGCCUGGUGCAACUCGCGGACCUCGCAGGGCGAGGCUCGUUGCUGGAGGCGCUGGUUGCUCAAGGCUCCGGCACGGAUCCAUAUGCGUCCUUGUUCACUGCAGCAAGCACGGAAUCCAGAGAGACCUUCGAAGGCGGGGGCGGCGACCCGGCGGUGUGCAGGGAGACCAUCCACAUCUUCAGCGUGGCGUCAGGUCUCAGCUACGAGCGCUUGCUGCGUAUCAUGAUGCUGUCGGUGAGGAAGCACACCAAAUGCAAGCUUCGCUUGUGGCUGGUGGCCAAUUUCCUAAGCGCCAGCUUCCGGCGAAUCCUGCCGACCCUCUCGAAGGAGGUUGGCUUUGAAGUGAGCCAAGUCACCUACAAGUGGCCGACCUGGCUGCGCGAGCAGACCAGCAAGCAGCGAGUGAUCUGGGCCUACAAGAUCCUCUUCUUGGAUGUCUUCUUCCCAGCGGAAGUGAAGCGCAUCCUCUUUAUCGAUGCAGAUGAGAUCGUCCGGGCCGAUGUCGAGGAGCUGUGGAAGAUGGACAUUAAAGGCCACUCCUGGGGCUUCGUGCCCUUCUGCGGCUCCGGCCCGGCGCAGAGCCUCAGCAGCUCCAUUUGGAACUCCCUCACCGGCAAGGCCAAGCAGGAAGACUUGAAGAACCCGGAGACGGUGGGCUUUAGGUUUUGGGAGCAGGGCUUCUGGAAGAACCACCUGGGCUCCCGCUUCUUCUAUCACAUCUCCGCGAUGUUCGUCGUGGAUUUGGAGGUCUUUCGCAAGAAAGGUGCUGGGGACAUUCUACGGGAAGCCUACCAGUCCUUAACGGCGGACCCCUACAGCUUGUCCAACCUGGACCAGGACUUAGUCAACUACAUUCAGUCCAGCUUGCCGAUCUAUAGCCUUCCGCAGGAAUGGCUAUGGUGCGAGUCCUGGUGCAGCGAAAGUUCAAAGCAAAAUGCCAAGAACAUCGACAUGUGUCAGCAUCCCUUGAAGAAGGAGGGGAAGCUGCAGAAUGCCCGACGCAUUGCGCCCGAGUGGACGCAAUACGACAACGAGCUCCAGGCCAUCAUCGACAAGAUCCAAUGACCCGCGGAGUUGCUGGAGGAGAUGCCGCCAGUGCACAUGUGGAGUGGGACGACGCGAUGCAGCUCCAAGAUGAAGCCAGUUGCAAGGGCUUGUGCCAUGGGGCUGCACUUCGCCAAAGAUAUCGCCCCGUUAGGAAAAGCUGCCGCGCGUUUAGCACGGGGGAGAGUGCAUGUGUCAAAGAGUCGGCUGCAGGAGCAGGAUGAUGGAAGUGCACCUUGGUGGCAAUCAACGGAUUGAAGACAUCCUAUGCAACAUUGGCAACCAGAGUGUGUGUGUUUCCGAAGCUGUUCUCAGCUUCAGCGCUUGCUGUUUGCUUACCUUUACAUUCCAUAUCUUGGAUUUAAUCUUGUGGAUUCCAGGGUGGUGAAUGGCAUUUGAAGGGACGAUGAUCAGCA